AUGCUGACACCUACAUCCAAACAUUUGUCGGAAAUUAAAAUCGACUACAAACGAAUUGAUUUGCUUCGAAUUGCGGCACAACAAAAAAGUUUCCGCGUUACUCCAGACAUGUUGAAGCGAUUAGAAGGUGUCGACUCAGCUGAUUUGCUUGUUUGUCCACCAUCAACGUCUACUGCAGUUGCAUCUCAACCGCCAUCCUCACCAGCGCCUUCAUCAGCAGUCCGAAAGAAUCCGAAGCGGAAAAUUGAAGAAGAUAUAAAGUUAACGUCAGCUGCAGAUGAUAAAUGUUCACAUUGUAACUGUAAAAUGCUUCGUGUCGUGGAUCCCGAGCGACCUGAUGGCAAGCGAGUUUUGGAGUGUAUGAGAUCAACGUGUUUGGCAUCCAUCAAAUUCACCGAUCUACCAGUUGGAACGAUUGUCGGAAAAGAAAGCUUGAAAGCUAAAUCAUCAUAUAACUGCCUUGCUCGCUACUACCCAAAAAGUCGAUAUACACCAACACCGGAUGAACAAGGUACUGACGAUCAAGAACAACGUCGGUGUGGAAUGAAGAAAGACCACCAAAUGGUUUUCGAAUCAUCCGUACGCGGAAUCUUUGUUGAUGUCCCUGGUCAAGAGGCAAAGGCUCGUUUCUUAGGUUGA